CGCGGCGGACCCUCCGGCGCCCCCUCUCCCUCUGCCUCUGCCUCUGCCUGCUCGCGUCCCCAGCGUGGGAAGCCGCGCAAUCCGCUCUUGCCCCUGUUCUUUGCCUCUCGUUUUGUUGGUGAAGAUAUCACAGUGAUGUCUGCAUUCAACCUGCUGCACUUGGUGACAAAGAGCCAGCCAGUAGCCCUGCGAGCCUGUGGGCUUCCCUCAGGGUCAUGUAGGGAUAAAAAGAACUGUAAGGUGGUCUUUUCCCAGCAGGAACUGAGGAAGCGGCUAACACCCCUGCAGUACCAUGUCACUCAGGAGAAAGGGACCGAAAGUGCCUUUGAAGGAGAAUACACACAUCACAAAGACCCUGGAAUAUAUAAAUGUGUUGUUUGUGGAACUCCAUUGUUCAAGUCAGAAACCAAAUUUGACUCCGGUUCAGGUUGGCCUUCGUUCCAUGAUGUGAUCAGUUCUGAGGUCAUCACGUUCACAGAUGACUUCUCCUAUGGGAUGCACAGGGUGGAAACCAGCUGCUCUCAGUGCGGUGCUCACCUCGGGCACAUUUUCGAUGACGGACCUCGUCCAACCGGCAAAAGAUACUGCAUAAAUUCGGCUUCCUUGUCGUUCGCGCCUGCAGGUAGCAGCAGCGCCGCCGAGGGAGGCAGCGGGCUCAGCAGCCCAGUGCAGGCGGACAAAGCGGAGCUGUAGCGUUCUGGAAAGGCAUGGAAACAACGUGUACUUCAUGCACCGCUUACUAAAAAAAUCAAAUGGUUUCUCUUCAUAGAUAUAUUUUUUCCAAAAACUCUAAGGGCGGUUUUGUGUUGUUGAUAUUUUUUCUUCUCUUGCUUGAACAGAAGCCUUGCCCAUCUAUGUAUUUUGACUAGAUUGGGAACUAUUUAUAGCUUUAGCCAACAGAGAUAGCUUUGUGAAACCUCUUCACAAGCCAUGUAGGCAGCCUUUCACAUUAUUUUCUUUGAGCACAUGGCUUCGUCUGAGGUUUGUUUCCCUUGAUUCAGAGGCAGAGGGUCCGUGGGUCCUGAGAACAGCGAUCUCUCCUGUGUAAGGUAGAGACAAGGACUCGGGCGUGGGGCAGGGAGAGUUGCUCCACACAUGGCCUUGAGGCAUUGCACAGAUCUACCCAAGAUAAGGAUGGAGUGAUGGCUUAUGGGACUCCUCAGCUUUGUGGAAAGUUUGAGCUAAGGUUGUUUUUUCUCACUAAAAGGGUGUGAAGGUCUAAAGUCUUUCCUUAUGUUAAAUUGUUGCCAGAUCUGAGGGGGCGCACUGAGUGUUGUGGCAGAGAAGUAAACAUUACCUCACGGUGAGGCCUUUAUUUUAUUUUAUUUUAUUUUCCAUUGAAAACAUUGGAAUGUAAGACAACUGUAAAAUGUUGAGCCCCAUUUUGUCCAAAGUUCACAAAGAAGAACACCUGCCCAUUGCCUUUUUAUAAGUCCUUCUCUCCACACCUAAUAUCAGCUGCAGCUGGAAGGGCAUUUGGGUAAAUUCCACUGUGUAAAAUAAAAUAUUGGGGACAACACACUUCAUCAAGGCAGCAGAAAUGAGAGAGCACAGAGGAAACCAAAGAUGAAGCCUUGAGUACUAAAAACUCCAGUGCUGGGUAGAAAAGCUGACAGUGCACAGUAACUCAUAGAACCCAAAGCAAGGGACAGUGGGCACAGAGCUCCCGGUGGCCUCUACAGAGAGGCUGGGAAUUAAAAUAGAAAUAGACAGGAGCCCAAGUUCCAUACUUGAUACUGAUCCGUUGCGUGACAAAGGACAAGCCAUUUAACCUCUCUGUGCCUACCUUUCUUUGUGUAUAGACUAUGA